AUGUCAAUGCUCAACGAACUAAAGGUGUUCUCCGGCAACGCCCACCCCAAACUGGCCCGGGAUGUUUGCGCAUAUCUGGGCAUCGAGCUGGGCCAAAGCGAGGCAUUCAAGUUUGCCAAUGACAACACGUUCGUCCGCAUCGGGGAAAACAUUCGUGAGCGCGACGUUUUCAUCAUCCAGCCCACCGUAGCUCCCACCAACGAUAACCUCAUGGAGCUGCUCAUCAUGAUGGACGCCUGCCGCCGGGCGUCCGCCGGGCGAAUCACCGCCGUCGUCUCCUACUACGGCUACGGCAGAACCGACAAGAAAGACCAGCCCCGUGUGCCCAUCACCGCCCGCCUUGUCGCCGACCUCAUAUCAACCGCCGGCGCCGACCGCGUGCUCACCCUCGAUUUGCACGCCGGCCAGAUCCAGGGCUUCUUCAACAUCCCCGUCGACGAACUCACCGCCGAACCCAUCCUGUCUAACUACUUCGCCGAAAAAGGCCUGGAAGACCUGGUGCUGGUGGCUGUCGACUUCGGUAUCAGCAAGCGGGCCCGCGACAUGGCCGAACGGUUGGGCAUUCCCGUGGCCGUGAUCGAAAAGCGCCGCACCGGCAACGAUGAUCGCUCCGAGACUCUCAACGUCAUCGGCGACGUUCGUGGCAAACGCGCCCUAACCUUCGACGACGAAAUCCUCACCGGCGGCACCAUCGUCAACGCCGCCAAUGCCCUGCUCGACGCCGGCGUUACCGAGGUGUACUGCUGUGCUACGCACCCGGUUUUUUCAUCGGUCGCGCCGGGCCUCCUGGCCGACAGCCCCUACUCCGAGGUGGUUGUAACCGACACCGUUCCCCUCAGCGAAAAGCAGAAUUUCAGCAACCUCACCGUGCUGUCGGUGGCGCCGCUGCUCGGAGAGGCCAUCCGCCGCAUCCACGAGGGCCGCUCCGUCGGCGAGCUGUUCCAGUAA